AUGCGAAGCAUAAAGGAACCGGGAGAAAUCAAGACGCAUCUAUCCGAUCUAAUGGAACAGGAAAUAUCAACUCAUGAAUGUCCACCUGGACCACCUGGUAAAAGAGGCAAGAAAGGGAAAAAGGGUGACCCCGGCGAACCUGGACCACCGGGACCAAUAGGGUUGGAUGGUCCUAAAGGAGAUCCGGCAUUUUUAAUGAAAAAUCAAAAUUUUAUAUACAGGGUCGACCAGGAGAUAAAGGUCAAAAAGGAGAACAUGGAAGUCCAGGGUUUGACGUCUUCUCGGCCGUCAAGUGCCGUAGCCAGCAUGCUUGUGUGUCUGUGUACUGAUGGUGAGUGCGUGCAGGGUCUGCAGGCAGCAGGUCACAACAUCUCGGCGCACACCGUCAUACAACUCAAGGGUGAACCUGGUGAGCCAGGUCCUCCGGGUCCCCCAGGACCUCAUGGCCCAGAGGGGUUACCAGGGCAUGAUGGUCGUGUAGGACCCGCAGGUACGGCAGGACCACCGGGAGUACCGGGUCCACCGGGCCCUAUUGGACCUGCAGGACCUAUUGGACCCUCUGGACCAGCAGGACAUAAGGGAGAUAAAGGCGACAAGGGCGAGCGUGGUUUCACGACAACUUUAAAAGGCGACGCAUUCCCCACGGGUAUUAUCGAAGGACCUCCCGGGCCACCUGGACCGCCUGGCAAAGCGGGCGAAGCUGGACCGCGUGGACCGCCUGGGAUAGACGGAGCCCCAGGAAUUCCUGGAGUACAAGGGCCACCCGGAAAACCGGGAGAAUUUGGUCCGAAGGGUUCAAAGGGCGAGUAUGGCGAUAUGGGUUCACCUGGAAUGCUGGGUGCGCCUGGCUUGCCUGGACCACCUGGAUAUCCCGGCCUUAAGGGGGAUAAAGGCGAUAAAGGCGACUCGGGAGACGGCACUGGGUACGAGCUGUAUGGUCAUGAGAUGAUGAUGGGCCCGCCGGGCGCACCGGGGCCCGCGGGCCCCCCCGGCGUGGCGGGUCCCCCCGGCAUCAAAGGCGACAAAGGCGAACCUGGUCUGCGUGGCAAGGCUGGUGAACGAGGUGAAAAGGGUGAUGCGGGACCAAUGGGACUACCGGUAAAAUUACGAUUUUCGUCAUUUUAUUUUCGUACCAUUUUGAUAUUCGAUCCGACUUAGAAUCGUAGCCGGGUUAUUAGAUACGGCAAAACCUUAAAACUGGUAUUUGAGCUAAUGUGUCACGAGGGUUGUCAAUUUACUAUAAAAAAAAAAUAGUUGUUUCUGUAUAUAAAUAAAAAAUGAGAAAAAGUUCUUGAUAACUUUCUUGUUGGUUCUUCUGCGGAUAAGUAUCCGAUUGGUCCAGUUGGUCUACCAGGCGAGAUAGGGCGGCCGGGAGAGGGCGGCCCCAGAGGCGCGCAAGGAGAACCAGGUUCCAAAGGCGAGCGAGGUGAUCCUGGACUACCCGUACGUCACACAAAUUCUCGAGCUACACAGCAUCGUGCGCUUCACAUGCACAGGGGUCCAGUUGGCAAACGAGGACGCAAGGGCGACAAAGGCGACAAGGGAGAGCAGGGAGUGCCGGGACUAGACGCGCCGUGUCCAUUGGGACCAGACGGUCUACCGCUACCAGGAUGUGGAUGGCGCCCUACAAAGGAAUCAGCAGCUGCGACACCAACUCGUGAAGAAACAGGCAUGGUGGGAGGAGAGGGGUCCGAAGAAGAGGAAACAGAAGGGGAAGAAUAUGAGGGGAGGGAGGAUGAGCUGGAUGCACCCAGUUACGAUGACUACACGGACAACACUCACCUUGCACUACACCGCGACUAAACGCUCUCUCUACUUUCUGCUUGAUUUCUUUUUAUUUUUUUUGUUAUAUGCUCAUUUAUAAUGUCCAUUUUUCUCUGCAGGUCUUCUUAGUGAACGCUAGUUAAGCCGACAGAUUUUACCUAACCUACUCUUAUUUAUUUAAAUUAGGUACACUUACAGAUUACAGUCAACACAUGACUUCGACAAAUAUAUUAUAUUACUUAGUCUAGACAAUAAUCCAAAAUUAGUGUACACAGCAUGAUCCAUAAUAGAGGACGGUCAAUACAGUCCCAGCAAAAAAAAAAGAAAACUAACUUAUUCUAUCGAAUGACUUCUAUCC